AGGAUGAAAAGAUGGGUUUAGUUUUCGGACUCCUGUGGCUGUUUACGAGCUUCCUCCAGGGCGUGCACGGCCAGGGUGUGUACGCAUCUCCCACGGUGAGGAUCGUCCACUCAGGUCAGACCUGCAACGUGGAGGAGGAGCAGUACAGUGAGAGGGUCUACACCAUCAGAGAGGGAGAGACUCUGGAGCUGCAGUGUCUGGUGACCGGACACCCACGACCACAGAUUCGUUGGACUAAAACAGCAGGAGGAGUGUCGGACCGCCAAGGCAACUCCUCGCUGCACAGCGAAACUCUGAAGAUUGAGGCUAUUAACCGCCACCAGGGAGGACGCUACUACUGCAAGGCUGAGAACGGAGUGGGAUCUCCGGCCAUUCACUCCAUACGAGUUGAUGUCUACUACUUAGAUGAUCCGGUGAUUACGGUGCAUCAGAGCAGCGACGAAGCAAAGCAGUUCUACUUUGAGAGGACAGUGUUCCUCCGAUGCAUCACCAGCUCCAACCCUCCUGCCCUCUACACCUGGAAGAGAGGCAGGGAGGACCUUUCUCAAAGCUCUGACUCAGGGGUGGAGAUAUACAAGCCAUUCUUUGCAGAGGGGGAGACAAAGAUCUUGAAGCUGAAGAAUCUCCGGCUGCAGGAUUAUGCUGACUACACCUGCAUCUCCUCCGUCAGAAAUGUCUGCGGCAUCGACGACAAGAGAGCCCACUUUGGUCUGAACAACCGGACAGCUCCUCCAUCAAUAAAACUCCUUCUGGACGACCCUCUGGUGGCCAACCCAGGAGAGACCAUCACUUUAGCGUGUGUGGUAUUAGAUGGGGAUCCUCCCCCAACACUGAGAUGGUUCAGGCUGGGAAGACAGGAACUUCCCAAGAGGAGCGUCAUCAAUGGUGGCACACUGACGGUCCCUGUCGUUACCAUGGAUGAUGGAGGCACCUACAUCUGCGAGGCAUCCAACAAUGUAGGAAGCCCUGCUAGGAAAUCCACCACCAUACUGGUCAGAGGUCUUCGUAAAGGUCGAUUCUGGAUCACACCAGACCCGUACCACAAUGAAGACAACAUUCAGAUCGGCCGAGAGGUGAAGAUCAGCUGCCAGGUGGAGGCCACGCCACCAGAGGAGCUGCAGUUCAGCUGGCUGAAGAACGGCCGGCCUCUGAAGAGCUCUGAGCGGAUGGUGAUCACUCACACGGGCACCAGCCUCUCGCCGGGAACCACAAACCUCGACAUCAUCGACCUCAAGUUCACCGACUUUGGGACCUACACCUGCGUAGCGUCCCUGAGGAAUGGAGGGAUUCCAGAAAUCAGUAUUGAUGUCAACAUUUCAUCCACUACAGUUCCUCCUGAGCUCACCAUCCCCAGCGGCCACUCCAAACUCAUCGCUCAGGAGGGCGACACUGUAGACCUGCAGUGUCUGGUCUCAGGAAAACCCAAACCAAUCAUUUUAUGGUCCCGGGUGGAAGAGAGCAGGGCAGCUGCAGCAGCGGCGGCGGCUCUGAUGCCUGAUGGCUCACCUCAGAUGGAGAGUUAUGACGGCAUCCUGCGGAUCAGCAACGUGACGAGAGAGAUGAGUGGGGUGUAUCGCUGCCAGACCAGCCAGUACAACGGCUUCAAUGUCAGACCGAGACAGGCCCUAAUCCAGCUGCUGGUGCAAUUCCCCCCCACAGUAGAGCCAGUGUACACAGAGGUUCGUCAGGCUUUGGGCCGAGCUUUCAGCCUCAGCUGUCGCUUGCUGCAGGCCCACCCUGCUCGCAUCCUGCAGUACGAGUGGAAGCUGGGCUCUCGUCUGCUGACCGUUGGAGAGUUCACUGACCAAAAACACGACACCGAGUACCACGUCAGAGCUCUAAACCGAGAGGGAUAUGGCGAAUACACCUGUGACAUCACCAAUGAGGCUGGAGCAGGACGCUGCACCUUCCUCGUUACAGGGAAAGCCUACCCUCCAGAGUUUUACUACGACACCUACAGCAGUCUGUGGCAGAGCAGGCCUCAGGUUUACAGCUUCAAGCUGCAGUGGACUCAGAUGGAGCCCAACGCUGUGGAUCGGAUCCUGGCCUACAGACUUGGUAUCAGACAGAUGGGCCAGUCUCGCUGGUGGGAGCAGGAGAUUCCCAUGGAGGGAACCAUCCAGAAGGGUCAGCUGCUGACCUACAAUUUGACUGAACUGAUCAAACCAGAGUCCUACUUGGUUCGCCUAACCCCCAUCACCCGCUAUGGGGAGGGAGAUUCCACUGAACGCAUCAUCACUUACAGCGCUCCUGUUAAUCCACAUCUCAGGGAGUUCCAGUGUGGUUUUGAGGACGAGGCCUUGUGUUUGUUCUCUCAGGACACGACGGAUGAGUUUGACUGGACCCGUCACAGUGGCGCCACACGAAGCAGCAAAUCCACACCAAAUACGGGACCCAACGCCGACCACACUGGCUCAAAGCAGGGCUUCUACAUGUACAUUGAGACAUCAAGACCACGGCUGGAGGGGGACAAGGCCCGGCUGUUGUCCCCCACCUUCAACAUGAACUCCAAGAGCUCCUCCUCUUCUUCAUUCAGCUAUAACCCCACCUACUGCUUCACCUUCUACUACCACAUGUAUGGGAAACACAUCGGAGCUUUGAAAGUUUUCUUGCGUCAGAAAGGUCAAAAAGUGACAGACACCUUAGUCUGGAAUAUAGUUGGUAACCAAGGAGACCAGUGGCAACAGGCCAGGUUCAACAUUAACCCAACCACAGCCUUUCAGAUGGUGAUGGAGGGAAUACGAGGCUCUGGUGUGGAAGGAGAUAUUGCAGUCGAUGAUGUCACCAUCGAGGAGGGUGAAUGUAAAGACCCUCCACCCAACAAUCUCAGGUUGUUUGCCUCAUCCUUAUCACCCUCUAUAUGGCAACUUUGCAUUAGUCUCGCUCUGACUGGCUGGCAGAGGUGACCCCCCCCCCCUCCCCCCCCCAUCGCUGCAUCAUUCUCCACCUUCCACCUACCUACCCCACAGUAUGCCAUGAAAUUUGACUCCUCUGGUUCCCAAAUCUUCCCAUCCUGUUCCAUCAUGGCUGCAGGGCAGGUUAUGUUCAGCAGAGACAGUAAGGGUUUGGUUAGGUUUAGUGAUUGCAGUUCAUCUUGAUGUUUCUUCUGAGUCACUGGCCAAGAGAUGCCACUGUGGAUCCCACUCAGUUGUGUGGCCCACCAGAUGGAGAGCAAGAGACAGAUGUAGGAUCAGAAGGGGGUGAUUGUGGAUAUGGCUGGUGCUUUUGGCUUGUUGGUGGUACUUGCUGCAGGUGCACGUGGGCGCUCAUGUUGUCCAUGUGGUGAAUGUAACCUAUCAGGGAGGAUGCCCAAUCAUCAAGGUAGAGGGUUAGUUUGUUUGAAUCCAUAGCACUGCUAAAACCCUGCCUUUACCUGCACCACAAAACAAUGUGUUUAUAGAAGGUCAUUAAACAGGGAAUCAGAAGGGUCACUUGACAGAUGACAGGGUUUCCUUCAUGCAGAUGUUUCAUCUGAUGUACCUCAAGAAAGCCAGAUUUCCUCAGGGUCCAUGUGAAGUAAAAUAUGUCAUCAGAUUUUUUGGUUUUACAGUGUGGGGUAAAUUUCUAGCAGCCACAUGCAGAAAGCAGAAAGGGACACAUUCUGAUUGUGUAACAGUUUAUAUGCAGAUGAGACUUUGAUUUAUGUCUCCAUACUACAAAUUGAUAAAAU